CGGAAGUGACGCCAUCACGCCGCGGCGGCAGCCAACGAGCAGCGCGGGCACUUGGGCCGUGUGGUAAGCGAGCCGGGCGCGCUACUGCGAGCACCGCGCUAUGGCCGCCGCGACGUGGUGCUAUCGUGGGGACCCCGAGGAGGAGCAGCCGGCACUGCUGGUGACGUUCUCUAAUGGGCGGCUGCAGCGGCCCGACGCCGUGCGUUUCUCCCUCUACCGGAGCAGCGAUGUGGCCAAUCCCCGGAAGAAGAGGCGGAGGAUCCUGGUUUCAGAAACUGAAAGGCUUUCAUAUGUGGGGAAUAACUUCAGCAGUGGAGCUAUGAAAUGUAACUCUUUAUGCAGGUAUUUUCUUGGUGUUUUAAACAAGGAUUCUGGGCAAAUGGAAGUCUUCAAUGCUGAAAUAUUCAAUAUGCAACCCUUACUGUCAGAUAAUGCAAUUCCUGAUGACACAAGGGAUUAUCAGAAUAAAUCCUACAGGGAAAAGGUGGAUUUGUGCAUUGAAGCCUUUGGUACCAGCAAGCAGAAGCGAGCUCUGAACUCUCGGCGAAUGAAUGCAGUGGGCAAUGAUAUUCUGAAUACAGCUGUGACAAAAGCAGCAGCAGAUGUGAUAGAUGCAAAGGGGGUAACAGCUUUGAUCCAGGAUGUGGCCCAAGAUGAUGACCAGAACAUGUCCAUUUUCCUACCACCAUGUCAUGAAGAUGCUGACAAACCAGAAAACGUUUACAAGUUUGAGGACAUUUUGUCCCCAGCAGAAUAUGAAGCAUUGCAGAAUCCAGCAGCAGCUUUUGUUAACAUCACUCCAGAAGAAAUCACCAAGAAAACAGAAGAGAAAAGCCAUUGCUCCUUUGUCUUAGAGGAGCUGAAGUUCCUGCCUGCUGAUGAGAAGAGCAGGGAUCGCAAAGCUCGAUGCCUGUGGUUUCUGGACAUCCUUAUUAAGUUCAGCUUUCUGAAAAUCAUCAAGAAGAAGCAUCCGAUGGGUCCUGAAUGCCCUCACAUCAUUAGCAGGAAACUCAUGAAGAACUUCACUUCACUCACCUACAACAAUGGCAGUGUUCAGAAUUUAAUCUCUGCAUCACUGAAGACUAAAAUUGCAGCAUAUGUCAUUGCAUUGGCUCUGCACAUUAAAAACUUCCAAAUAGACCUCACUGUCCUGCAGAAUGACUUGAAGCUCCAUGAAAGCAGGAUGAUGGACAUUGCAAGGGCCAUGCGGUUGAAGGUCUCCAAGGCAAAGGGGAUGCCAGGACUUGAGAAUGAUCAAAAUCACAAGCUUGGCACCCUCUCUCUCCCUUUGCCUGUGCAGAAAGCCUCGGGAAGCCAGAGGAAACGCAGAAAGAUUAACUAAAAAGCAGGGGUGAAACAGUUUCAUUCUCAACAGUUAUUCUGCAGAUGCAGCAUCACGGGGAUGCUUCUUCUCUGUUGGAUUUGGCUUUCCAGCAUCACAGCACAGCCCCGUUGAAGUCUCUCAGUUGAUGGGAACAGACGUUCCACAGAACCACCAAGGUUGGAAAAGACCUGCAAGAUCACCCAGUCCACCCAUCACCAACAGUUCUCCCUAAACCUCAUCCCUCAACCCAAGAUCUGCCCUUCCCAGCAGCCUGGCCCCAGGACGUGGGGAGGGUGCAGUGCAGCACAGACAAAUGAUAUGGCACUGUGCUUAAUUUGCUAGGAAACUGUGUCAGUUUUCAGAGAUGACGAUUUCAAAAGACAUUAUGUGCAGAAACAUGCUGCCACAUUCCACACAUAUCAGGGGAUGCUUUGUAAAAAUAAAAUGGUGGAACUGGAAAAAGUCACCUCUACAUUUUUUUAUUUUUUUUUUAAUUAAACUGGACUGUGAAAGCUGGCUACCUGACAGGAAGCCUGAUCACAGAAAAAUUCACAAUCAUUUCCUGACGUUGAAUUUGUUAAGCAAUGGAAAGCGUGGUAGAUAUAAUGUGUCCUGAUUGAAAAACAAGAAGAUUUUUUAAGAAUAAUUUUAUCUCACUAGUCUGCUGGUUGAACUGAGGCUACAGGAAAAAUCUGUAUUUAAAAAAAAAAAAAGCAAUUGGAGAGUAAAGAUGCUAAUUUCAAAUAUUAAGUUUUGACAGUAGGUGAAAGUCCUGAUGCUACAUUUAUAGCUCUGCUGGUUGUUUUCAUUGGAGAUGUUGAUAACAAAUACAAUGUCACUGAAGAAAUGGCUCCUUUGGUGCCCCUGAGAGGCACAGCUAUGUCUCUGAUUUGUAAGAAGCAGUAAAAAAAAUACGCAAGAGUGA